AUCUCGGAGGAGGGGGGUAGACAAUUUCCGGCGGAGGGCGGGUCGAUCGCUUUCGCACUUAUCCCGCUUAUCCACCGAGCCAGCGGCGGUCACCUGUGCCGUGCGUGGGGCGUGAAUGAACGACGCCGCAGUGAGGUAAAAGCGGUCCCGAGCCUGCCCCGAUGGACGAGGGCUCUUCCCCCGAAGGAGCACUCCCGGCCAAGUACCAGAAGCUCGCGUACGAGUACUCAAAGCUCCGUGCCCAAGCCCAGGUGCUCAAGAAGGCAGUCUCGGAAGAACAGUCCAGGAACGCAGAGCUCAAGGAUGCACUCAAGGACAAGGAGCAGGGCGUGCGCAAGCUGGAGCAGGAGGUGGAGAGCCUCAACUUCUGCAACCAGCAGCUGACCAAGCGGGUGGGCUUCCUCCAGGAAGAACUGGAAGGGGACCGCUCCAAGAAGGACAAGAAGAAGAAAGCGGCAGCACCUUCCCCUGUGCACCAGGGCGUCAUUGAUGCUGAGCUUCAGAGUCGGAUAGAGGAGAAUGAGAAGCUGCACCUGCAGGUGUCGUCUGCGGAGUUUGAGCACCGUCGGACGGUGGAGCGUCUGGAGGAGGAGCUGGAGCAGGCGAGACGGGCAGUGAAUGCCCGGGAGGGACAACUGAGCCAGACCCUGUCGCUCCAGGAAGAGACCAUCUCCAGGCUCACCCAGGAGCGGGCAAGGCUGGAGCUGAAGCUCAAGUCUUGCGAGAAGGAGCUGAAGGACGUGUCGCUGAGGAAUGAGAUGAGCGAGGCGGAGCUGAGGGACGUGAAGCAGAACCUGGGCACCAGGCUGAGAGCUGCCACCCGGACCAUCGAGCAGACGGUGCUCUUCAAGGACUCGGGGGAUGGCCGCGCGUGUGGCCUGGACGUCCCCGUAACGACGGGGGCCCAGGAGAGCGGGGUGCGGGCACUGCUGUGCCAGCUGGCCGAGCUGCUGCCGGAGGCCGGCCAGGCCCUGUCCAGCCUGCACACGUACUCCGAGCAGCGGGUACGGCUCCUCCUGGCCACCACGUCGGGGCCGCAGGGCCCCCUCCUCAGGUUUGCGGAACACCUGCACAGCAACGUGUCCCAUUUGCAGCCCAUAGAGGAGGCCUACCAGAGCUACUUUGAUGCCGUCUGCAGGGACGGACUCUACCUUCUGGACGGAGGCCCGGCCCUGGAGCAGCUAUCCCUGGCGGUCUCCAAGUAUGCGUGCUACCUCAACAAACUGCUGCCGUACGUUGCACUCAGCCUGGGAGCGGCCGCCCUCAGCCCAGACGCCAAAUCCCGUGAGCUGAGGGCCCGGCUGGGCCAGACUGCCGCCAGGGUGGCCGUCAAGUUCGGCAAGCUGGACCGGUACCUCCAGCUGCUGGCCGCGAAGGGCUGCCAACCCUGUGCCAAUGGCUGCCACUGUGCGGGCUAUGUGGCAGUAGCCAGUCACCUGGUCAAGGUCGCCAAAACCCUCUGGGAGGACUUCGAAGAUGCCAAGAAGCAGCUGAGCUCGCUGAUGCUGCUGGAACACGAGCUGCCAACGGUGUCUGCGGAAGCCAAGACGACGGACGACUGCCUUAUCAGCAGCCUUGUGUCGGUCGUCGGCUGCUGCAAGAAGAUUUCCAAAGCUCUGGAGACGCACUCGCACCUGAUCCUCGGGGACCAGGCGUACCAGCGUCGGGGGCUGAGGAGCACUUCCUCGCAGCCACAGCCACUAUGCAGGUCACACCUGGGCCCCCUGGUGGGGCGGCUGCGCCAGAGGGGGGCGUCCUACCUGAGGUCCUGCCUGCCUGUUCAACCGCCCGACUCGGUGCCAUACAAGGUGGCCAUAGAGAACUCUGGAGCUCUUCGGAGCCACGUCGAAAACCAGGAGUCCUUUACUCAGCAGCUGGAGAGCUGUACAGCCAAGGUCAGGAAGCUAGAAGAGGAGAAGGAGCACUGGAUGCUGGAGUGGCAGCUCAUGCAGGCCAAAUUCGAGAGGCAGACCAAGGACCUGCUGCACGACGGGCCCAUGAUGCCCGGAGACUCCGGGGAUGGCCAGCUUAUUGCGUCGCACCUCAAGGCCCGCAUCCGAGAGAUGAUUCGGCAGAACCAGCUGGCAGACAGCAAGGCCGUCUACUUCCACGCCGAGUGCAAGGCCCUGCAGCAGCGGCUACUCCUGGCAGAGCAGCGGCGCACCGAGCUGGAGAGGCAGCUGCAGGAGACCCAGCUCACUGUGCAUCAACUCAGGGAGGAGCUGGGCUCUAUGUCACGCAGCUACGAGGACCAGCUGAGCACCAUGAGCGAGCACCUGGCCAGCAUGAACGAGAAACUUACGCAGCAGAAGGACGAGAUCGACGCCCUCCGCCACAACUCCAAGCUUGGCAAGAAGCUCAAGCCCAAGUGAUGGACCUGCAGCCAGGAAUGGCAGCACUCUCUUUUUCACCCCGUUGUGGCACCUUUAACGACGUUACGCCACUUUGGGCACUCCCAAGGACUACUCCAGGAGCAAGGACAUUCUGGCAGAGGCAGACUUGCGGGCACACCGCUGCCACGACCACUGGGGGCCAGGCCCCCGCCGCUUUGUGCAAUAAAGUGCUCCCCCAGAGAAACCCGCCUCA